AUAAAAUCUGCGUAUGAAUUAACGUGAUUUGAAUGUUGUGGUUGACGGUCUACACACAUCAGCGUUAUACAGAGAUAUCAUUAUGAAGGGGAAAUUCUACACAGUUCGUCUGAAUACUCUCAUCGUAUUCUCGUGCAUCAUGACCUUUUUGAUGCUGGUUUCAAAUUACAAACAACUUACAACUAACGAAAGGUGUUCCCGGUCCAUACUGGAGACCCCAAUCACGAAUCCCGUGCGGUGGAAAACGACGUUAGAGAGGAACAAUGUCGUGAAUUGUUCGCCAAAUUUGUAAACAAGGCGUGGGAGGAUUCCGCUAAGACGCUGAGAGAUGUGGAGGAUAUGAGAGAAGAAAUGAUGCGGGAGAGGGAGGCGGAGGAGUGUGAAUGUGAUGGAGGUUUUCAUGGCCCGCUCAAAACUAGUGAGAAAUAUCGCAGGAAAAAAGAAAUGGAGAAAUGGGAAGGAGAACAGAUAAGGAAACAGGAGCCUUUCGUUAUGUGCCAGGCGAUGUCACCAAUAUCAUACGUAGGCGCCGGCAUUAUAUUAGAACCGUUGACAUCGGCGAGCCUCCGGGGAAUCAGUAUCGUCGAUCUACCCACAAUGCAAGGCGAACAGGAAUUCGUCGUGGAGUUAAUAUCGACGAACGGCCUGGGGACCAUCAGCGUUGAGCUAUCUGGGAGGUACAGAGACACGGUGGGUCUGGCCGGGCAAGACUCGAGCAAAUUGAAGCUGUACACCACUAUGAAUAUAACGGACAUGAACAAAGUUCUUAAGACACUUGUGUAUAAAAGCAGUGUAUAUGACAUCGACGCCAGAGAUGUGAUUGAAGUGCGAUACCGGGGGUUUUCCGUUCAUGUCCACGUCCACGUUAAACGGGAACCAUUCCCGCGGUUAUUUGACGUGCAAGACAGCGAUGACAUCACUAAGAAAGUCACUGUGAUCACGAAAACUUUCAUGCGUUAUGGUGCCGUCCGUACCAUGAUUGACAGCGUACAUAAAUACUAUCCCAAUAUGACUAUCAUAGUGGCCGAUGACUCCGAACACCCACAGAAAAUCGCUGGGAACAAUGUUAAACAUUUCAUCAUGCCCUUCGCUGAAGGGUGGUUCGCCGGUAGAAAUUUAGCUCUGAGUCAAGUAAGGACACCAUACUUUUUCAUUCUAGAUGAUGACAUGCUUUUCUGCGACAACACUAAACUGGAAUCGUUGCUGAAACUGUUAGAGGAUCCUAAAUUGAAUAUCGACGUUGUAAGCGCCCGCAUGGAAAACACAGACGGGCAACUGAUGAAGCUGUUGUUCACAACAUCGAUUUUUGAGCGGGGAAACAGUAAAGAUGGGUACUGCGUGAAUCGUGUGUUUAACGCCAGGCAUAGUUAUCUCGAUGAAUAUCCAGACUGCGAAUUAGCCGAUGAGAUCCCAAAUGCAUUCUUGGGUAGGACAUUAUCAGUUCGUAGUGUUGGCUUCGAUCCGAUGCUAGACCGUGUGGGCCACUACGAAUUUCUCUUCGAUGCCAUGGGAAAACUGAAAAUCGCGUCAUGUAAAAAUGUUAGAGUGCGUCACGCUCAAGUCAGGACUCCCGAAUACGAUAAAUAUCGGUAUGCGGACGGUGUGGGUAAAAACAAAGGAUUCGGUGGGAGGGCGCUAUACUCUAUUUACAAAAACAAUUUGAAAUGCAUGUCUGGCAUGCGACAGAAAGGACCGCACUAUAUGUAA